AAACUUCAGUUGAGAACAUUUUGCAAAACAGGCAAUACAAUUCGGUUCGGUCGCGGUGGAUCCACGGAAAUUUUGCUCUCGCAAUUUUCGGAAUUUACAUCAAAAUUAUUCAGUGAUUGAACAAAAUGUGAAUAUAUCUCCCUUGCCUGUAACGUGAAAUAAUCAUUUGAUACAGACAACGUAACCAGCCCGUUGAGGAAAUCACAGGAAAACAUCUCGUGAGCCAGAAUGACAUCGAACGAACUGCUCUACGUCAAGGGUGCCCAAAUAUGGAUCCCCCAUCCAGAAACUGUUUGGGAGAGCUGCACACUUUUGAAAGACUACAAGAAAGGCGAUACGGUACUUCAUUUACAGAAAACUUCAGGCGAAAAAUACGACUUGUCGAUAAAAUCGGAAAAUGAUUUGCCGCAUCUUCGAAAUCCGUCCAUACUUAUUGGACAAAGUGACUUGACAGCGCUUUCAUAUCUUCACGAACCUGGUGUUCUACACAACCUGGAAGUGCGAUUUCGUGAUCGACAAGCCAUCUACACAUACUGCGGGAUCGUUUUAGUUGCCAUAAAUCCAUAUGCAGAACUGCCACUCUAUGGAGCUGAUAUUAUUCGAGCCUAUCGUGGCCAUUCAAUGGGUGAAUUGGAGCCGCAUAUUUUUGCUGUAGCCGAAGAAGCAUAUGCCAAAUUGGAACGCGAAAAAUGCGAUCUUAGUAUAAUUGUUAGCGGUGAAUCGGGAGCAGGUAAAACAGUAUCAGCGAAAUAUGCUAUGCGUUACUUUGCGGCGGUUGGCGGCAGUGAAUCAGAAACUCAAAUCGAACGUAAAGUUUUGGCAUCUAGUCCAAUCAUGGAAGCAAUCGGAAAUGCAAAAACAACACGUAAUGACAACAGCUCACGAUUUGGAAAAUUCACUAAAUUGCUGUUUACAAAUGAUAUGGGUCAGAUGACUUUGACUGGGGCCACAAUGCAAACAUAUUUGCUUGAGAAGUCUCGUGUUGUUUUUCAAUCGCCGGGUGAGAGAAAUUAUCAUAUAUUCUACCAGUUGUGCGCAGCGCGCCAACAAUGGCCUGAGUUGGUGCUAGAUCACCAAGAUAAAUUCCGGUACUUGAAAUUGGGUGGCUCGCCAGACAUCGAUCGGGUCUCAGAUUUGGAUCAAUUUUCCGAAACAGUUGGCGCUCUAACGACUUUAGGCUUCAGUACACAUGAGAUCAGAGAUAUCAUGAAAAUCUUGGCUGGCAUUCUCCACUUAGGCAAUAUAAAUUUCAGAGACAUAAAGAAGAAGGAUUCAGAAGAAAUCGAAGAAGGAUGUGAUAUAUCGCAAAAUGAUAUUCCGCUAUUGCUAAUGGCUGAGAUACUCAAACUGGACGUCGACGAAUUACGAAAAUGGUUAAUAAUGCGACAGAUUGAAUCAGUCAAUGAAAAUGUUCUGAUACCGAACAGCAAACUAAUUGCUGAGACUGCUCGUGAUGCACUUGCCAAACAUAUUUAUGCAAGACUUUUCCAAUAUAUCGUUGAAAUAACAAAUAAAAGUUUAGUGAGCGGAAGAAAACAAAAUUGUUUCAUCGGAGUUUUGGAUAUUUAUGGAUUUGAAACGUUUGAUACAAAUUCUUUCGAACAGUUUUGCAUCAAUUAUGCGAAUGAAAAGUUACAGCAACAAUUCAAUCAGCACGUGUUUAAGUUGGAACAGGAAGAGUAUCUGAAGGAGGGUAUUGUAUGGACAAUGAUUGAUUUUUAUGACAAUCAGCCAUGUAUCGAUUUGAUUGAAGCAAAAUUGGGAGUUUUGGAUUUGUUGGAUGAGGAGUGCAGAAUGCCAAAGGGAAGUGAUGAGUCUUGGGCAGGCAAACUUUAUGAGAAGUGUGCAAAGUACAAACAUUUUGAUAAGCCACGUUUCGGCGUAUCAUCUUUUCUAGUCAAACAUUUUUCGGAUCUAGUUGAAUACGAUGUGAAUGGUUUCCUUGAGAAAAAUCGCGAUACCGUAUCUAAAGAACUAGUUAAUGUUGUAAGACAGUCAGAAAUGGGACUGUGCAGGAGAUUAAUGGAAAUGGACGAUGAAGUGACUGAUAAAGCAUCGAGCACGUCGCUUGGCGGACGUGUCGUUGUUAGUGCAUCAAAAACUCAGUCGGCCGAAUCGAGGAAAAGACUGACACCAUCUAAACAACAUAGAAAAACCGUUGGCUCACAGUUUCGCGACAGUCUCAGUCUCUUGAUACAGACACUGCACGCGACGACACCUCACUACGUUCGAUGUAUUAAGCCAAAUGAAGAUAAAUCGGCGUUCAAAUGGGAUGCACCUAAAAUAGUACAACAACUUCGAGCCUGUGGUGUGCUGGAAACAGUUAGAAUAUCAGCUGCUGGGUUCCCUUCACGGUGGGGCUAUAUGGAAUUCUACUCGCGAUAUCGUUUGUUAUGCAAGAAUAAGGAAAUCGUUAUAAACGAUAUUAAAAAAACGUGUCAGACGAUUGUGAAAAAAUGGCUCGUCGAUGAAGAUAAAUAUCGUUUUGGUAAUACACAGAUUUUCUUCAGAGCUGGACAGGUAGCAUACUUGGAACAAGUUCGCUCCGAUAUUCGAAAGAAAUACAUAAUAAUUGUGCAAUCCGUUGUUCGCCGAUUUAUUUACAGAAGAUUAUUCCUACGGUUGCAACGAACAGCUUUGGGAAUACAAACCUAUUCUCGUGGACUGUUGGCAAGAAGAAAAGCAAAAUAUCUACGAGAAAAUCGUGCAGCUAUUAUCAUUCAAAAGUAUGUGCGAGGAUGGUUGUGUCGAACUCGAUAUCUUAAGUUACGCUAUUCGAUUUGUGGCAUCCAACAGUAUGCCAGGGGAAUGCUGGCCAGGCUUCGAUUCAGAAUUGCGAUGGAUAAUUACAAGGCCACACAAGUUCAACGGUACAUUCGCGGAUAUUUGGUUCGUCGGGAGUACAGAAAGAAAAUCGCACAUAUUGUCAAAUGUCAAGCAGUGGUACGCGGGUUCUUGGCCCGUCGUUUGUAUAAGCGUAUGAAGGCUGAGGCACGAACAAUAUCACAUAUGCAGAAAAUGUACAAAGGAUUGGAGAAUAAGAUUAUAUCAUUGCAACAAAAAAUUGACGAACUUAAUCGGGAGAAUAAUUUGCUAAAGAGUAAAACAUUGGAAAUAGGCGAUCUGAAGGCUAAGCUUGACGCCAAGAAGAAUAUAGAGAAUGAGUUGAAAUCGUUGAAGAGUGUUCUUUUGGAGAAAGACGCAUCAUUGAUGUCAGUAACAAAACAACUAGAACUGGAACGGGAUGAAAAGAUGAUGCUGCUCGAAGAAAAAGACCGGGAAGAGCAAGAAUGGAAUACUCAAAGGCAAACUUGGAGGGUGGAGAACGAGGAACUGAAGCGCCAAUUCGAUGAAAUGAUUGAACUUGCGAAAAAGGAGGAAAGCUUGACUAUGCAUCGAACAAGAAUCAUGUCAGAGGUUGACACUAACGAUUUGAAUCAGGCCUACCAGCGAGCGGUGAAAGACAAAGAAGUAUUGGAAAACGAGAAUUAUCUACUUAAGGAGGAGCUAGCUCGAGUGCAACGAACAAGUGCGAAUCCAUCUGAUUACAAUGGACAUUCUCGCUCGCUUAGUAACGCUUCAAGUCAAAAUGAAGAAGAUUUUGGUUAUUCUUCUGCUAAAAACACUUUGGAACUCAAACGGGGAUCAGCUCUGCCUACGGAGAACAGUGAAAACUCUACACCAAAACGAUCGCAGACAUCGCUUAUCAUAAAACUACGAAAGAUCUUGGAGGAGGAAAAAACUAAAAAUGAAUUACUUGAAAAGCAAUAUAUCCGUAUUCGAAAUAAGAGCAAUAUUUACACUGCAACAGAAGACUCGCUAAGAAUCUCGGAAUUGGAAGUGGAAAAUGAUAAAUUGAAACAUGAUUACGAGUUAUUACGCAACAGUAUACAUCGUGGUGUAGAACAACAAGAGCUUUACGCACAAAAUCUAGCACUACAAGAAGAAGUACGACGGCGACGAGAAGAGUGUAUACAACUACGAGCUGUACUUGCCCAGCACAGUCAGUUGCUGAAACCAUUAAAUGCAAAAGACUCUGAUCAUCUCAAUAAUAAUGGUGAACUGGUGGAAGCAUUCCAAGCGUUAAAAUUGGUCAAUAAGCAAUUAGAAUCUGAAUUAACUGCUCUAACUGAAGAACACAAUGCUCGUGUCGGUGAAUUAGUGAAACAAAACGACGAUGUACGUAACGAAUUGAAUCAGUUGCGGUUACUUAAAGUAGAAAAAUUGGAAACAUCGGGGGUUGAAGCAGAUAUUGAAACCUUACGGCAUAAUGAUAUGUAUCUUCGGUACGAAUUGGAAAAGGCUUAUUCAGACUACGUUGAAUUGCAAGAACAACUUAAUGGCAAAAAGAAACAAUUGGCUGAACUUACGAAACGGAAUAGUAUUCUCAUUGGAAGAUUACAUGAACACGGUAUAAGUGAUGCGAUUACGGAGAAAACUGAUCAGAAAAAUUUGCCUGCUGUAAAGAAGAAAGUUCAACAAUAUCAAGGUAUCUUUAAAUAUCGCAUUGAGGACGAGGGAAAAAUUCUUCAAAGGUUGAUAACAGACUUAACUCCUCGAGUGGCUAUUGGUUUACUUCCUGGCUUGCCUGCUUAUAUAAUUUUAAUGUGUAUACGAUAUACUGACUUAGUAAAUACUGAUGAACACGUAAGGACUCUGCUCACGAAUUUCGUAGUAAUGGUUAAGAAAAUUUAUCGACUUCCAACCACAACAGAAUGUCGGGUUUUGUGGCUCGUAAACACAAUCACAUUGCAUAAUCUUCUAAAGCAAUACGGUGGUAUUGAUGAAUAUAUAAAAUUGAACACAGAAACGCAGAAUCAGCAACAGCUAAAGAACUUCGAUCUGUCUGAAUACAGGCAAGUCAUCUACGAAACGAUUAUUAAUUCGUACAGAAAUCUUGUGAAUCGUGUCCAAGAACUGAUCAAACCAUACAUUGUUCCGGCAAUACUUGAUCAUGAUGAAAUGUCUCGCGGUAGAAGUACUGCGACAACAGGUCGAAGUAUGUCCCUAGACAUUUCUCCAGAGCAUCAUCAUCACCACAACCAACGUCCAGAGCCGAAAUCGCUUGCCAAUCAGUUGGAGCACUUCUACAAACAAUUCCAAUAUUUUGGAUUGGAUAACUGUUAUAUUGAACAGAUAUUCAAACAAUUAAUGUUUUUCAUUAUGUCAGUUUCGUUGAACAGCCUAAUGUUUAGACCAGAAUUGUGUAUGUGGAAGACUGGCAUGAAGAUCCGUUAUAAUGUCAGUUGCCUGGAAGAUUGGGCUCGAAAGAAGAAAAUGUCCGGCGAAGUACUUUCACCAAUCCAAUCAUUGAUUCAAGUUUCGUCACUCUUGCAAUCACGUAAAACUGAGGAGGAUGUUCAUAGCAUUUAUGAAUUAUGUUCUGAGUUGCCGACAGCACAAGUUUUGAAGAUAAUAAAAUCUUAUCACCCGGAUGACUGUGAGAAUCCUAUUUCGAACGAGUUCAUUGAAAAGUUGACAGAAAAACUUAACGAAAGGACCAAUGUAUCACAAAGUGAUAAAUUUACAAUGGACGAAAACGAAGUCUAUCCAUUGAAAGUCGUCUUCAAGCAUAGCGACAUAAAGUUAGAAGACAUCGAGUUGCCGCCGGCUCUAAACCUAGACGGGCUCUUAACGAAAAUCUAAUAAACGUAACUAGUAAGUAGAUCAACUCCGUAGUAACUGUGUGAAUAAGUUAGGAAGCUUCUCCAUAUAAUUAUUAAAUAAAAGGCACAUUAAGUAGCCGACAAUGUUGCAGCUCAAGCUUCUCUUAGAGAGUAUUAUUUAGAAAAUACGCUACUUAAAAAUGUAUAAUUCGGAAGUUACUUAAUAGACACGUAUUUAAGUUCCAGUCUUAUCAGUUACUUAAUCCAGUACUGUUAUAGGUUGAACCUAUAUAAAUGUAGUGCAAAUGAAACGUACCUAUAUGCAAGCAAUGGCAACCAAUCGAAACAUUCCUUACACAAUUGUAUUCAAUACAGAAAAAUGUACUUAAUGAAUUUGAUUAUUUUUACAAAUAUUUAAUGAUAAUUUUUAUUUUCGUAGUAUGUAGAUCUGUAUAAAAAGAAAAAGUAAUGGACGUGAGAAGAGUAUUAGAGGACCCCAAGGCAUACCCCCUCACGUGAAGGGAAGAACUAACAACGUGGAAUGUAUGGUAGAACAUUUGGUUCAAUCACUGAACUCAUCAAAAUUUUAAAUUUCAAAACUCGCCUGUAAUAUCAGACUUUUUUACAAUGUAAAAUUCUAAAAUCAGAAUAUAUUGGUAAAGCAGACAAAAAGCUGUUACGAGUGAUUGAUCUCUGCAUCUUUUGUUCCCUGAAAGGAUACAACGUGUGGUCGUUGCCUUGAUUUUUAUGGUAUUUCGGUGAACCACAAUAUCUUUCUCACGCUCCCCAAGAACGUCUUAAAUAUUUUCAUACUAACAUUCCUUACUGAUUUAAUCUAUUAAUGCGUGGACGCAUAAAAAAUAUCCGAUUUUCAAUGCCUUAAAAAGUCUUACCGAUCGCUAUGUGUGAUAAAACAUUGGAAGGUUGUUAAAAGAAACACUUUUUUGAUUUCUGUUUAUCUAUUAUAAACACAUAUUUGUAUAUACAAGGAGAUGGGAUAAUGAAGUGAACUUUAAUUUGAACCAUAUCGAGAGCAGGAAUGCAUAUUCAUUGUUAAUUUAUUACAUUUAUGAUUUAUGUUCCUUAGAUGAUCAGAAUUAACUAAAAUUUUUAAGAGUUAAUACGCUUGAUGUCAUUGAUAUCAUUUGAAUAAGCUUCUGGACCAAGACACGAAAUUGUUGAAUUAAAUUUCCUAUUAUAGAUAAAUAGGUAUUGCCACUACUA